AUGAAGCAAGAUCAUGACUACUCUGAUCAUCAUCAGAGAUGGAACUAUUCUCAACAACAACUACAGCCAUCAUCACCGCUAGAUGCACAGGAUCCUUCCUCUCCUCUCAUGACCUCAUCACAAAACGGAUUGGAUAUUAAGGCUAUUCUUAUUCAUCCUCAAUUUCGAGACUAUUGUAAACAAUCAUCCUAUUCGUGUGAGGAAUUGGUGGAUUUGUGGUUGGAUUUAAAUCGAUGGUUGGAAUUAUCUCAAGAAGGGAGUAGUAUUUCUCAUAGUCCUUCUCCAACCAAUUCCACGACAAGCAUCAUCACCGCCAAUACCAGCUCAAUACUUAAAUCAUCAGCAAAUGAAAUGUUGAAUCGAUAUUUUAUUGAGGGUUCUGUAGAAUUACCUCCACAGUUAUUUGAACAAGUAGUUCAAUCGGUGGUGACUUUGAAUCACAUCACAUCCAUCGCUCAAGUAUUUUCUCAGAUCAAAGAGAUGAUAGAGAGUGAGUUUAGGGUGAGUCGGCCAGAUGUAUUGAACGGAUUUAGUAACAUGGCCGUGCACGGACAUGUCAUGAAGCAACACUCUAGUUUUGGCGGUGAUGAUGAAACAACAAGUCCUUCAAAAAACAGUGAAAAUGUGGGAACAGUAGAUUCUUCCAACACUGAGUACCGCCACAAUCAUCAUCAUGACAACAGUUCACAACUGGAACGUCAUCAAUGUUUCAUUAUUGGAAAUAUCAAGUACAGAAAUAAUACCCUCCACUCUCCUCAGGAGGUUGUUGAUCAAAAAUCUCAACAACCAAUCAUUAUUCAUGAAUCCAAUCAACAACAAGUUACUUACAAUGAAAGUGGUGUCAUGACACAAGUCGUGAAUCCUUCCAUCCCUGCUGAAUCAACAACUCAAAAGAAAUCACAUUCACCAUCCACUCGAAGAGUUGAAAGAACAGGUUCAUGCAUUCAUGUGUAUGGAAGAUCUCCUCACAAAACAACAACAAAUAUAACAAUAUCAUCACCACUACAACCAUAUGCACAUUCUCAACCCUACUACUACUACUUUGAUGAAUAUGAUCUUAUUAAGCAGACACUCUUUGUAUCCAAUGAGGCUGGUGGCUCAAAGGAAUUCGAUUCGACAACACUCUCACCACCACCACCACCACCUACUACUCCUAUAGGGAGAAAUGAAACUGAGAUGAAUCAUCUAUCAGAGGAUAUUCGUGCCAUUGUUGCUGACAUUGAUCCUAAUUAUAUUCGAUCGCAAGGAGAAAAGGAACAAUUGGUUCAAGUUCUUUGCUGUGAAGUUUCAAUCAAUUUAUUGUAUCAAAGAAUUCCAAUCAUUUCUCAAAUGAGUAUUGAGGGAAUAUUUGAAAUGUCAAAGAAAUUGUAUCAUUUAAAAGAUUAUAGCAACAAUGAAAAUUCAUUCUCCAUGGAUAUUUGUAGUAUUGUGAAUAGAUGUGAUCGAUAUUCAGUUCAUUUAAAUAUGGAUAUUGUUAUUUCAUCGACUCAAUGGGAUGAAGAACUUUCUCUCUUUAAAGAACGAGAAACCUCCACCUGUUGGUUUAUUAAGGCCUACAAAAGAGAAGCCUUAAAUGAACAUGACAAUGCCCCUAUGGACAAUUUCACACAUUCCUCUCCUUCAAAGAACUUUGAAUUUUUAAUUCUUUUCUAUGAUGGUCAUGAAAGUUAUUGUCUAUUUCAUACCUAUGAAAGACAAUACAAGAAGGGAAUGAGAUGUUGUGUGACCUAUUUCCAUGAUUUUAAUACAAUGAAAACAUUCUUUGAAAAGAAUAAUAUUAUAUUUGAAAAGAAGAAAGAGGAUCAAACUUCCAAUGAACUCGAUGCAGUCAACCCUGAAAAGAUGAACCACUCAAAUGCCAUCAUCAUUCAUAAGGUACUAUCAUUCACAAAAAAAGUACCAAAUAUUAUUCCAAAAUAUUUAAAUUACAGAGUAUCCCUUCAAGAGGAAGAUCAUGACAAACAUUUGGAUGAAAAAUUACAAUUAAUGGAACUUGCUCAAAAGAAUAGAAUGAAUGAUUUCAUUGAACAAGUGAAAGAUAUCAUUCAAGAGCAACAAUCAAUGCAUUUCUCUCACUUGGUAGAGAGAUUGAAUCUUGUUGAGAAGGAAUUGAAAGAAUUACGGACCUUACAUGAAUCCACCACCACCACCACCACCACCACGAUUCAGUCAUCAUCCACCACUAGUUGUACAACACAAGAACCAUCCAUUGAGAAUUCUCAAGUGAUCGCUUCUGGUCAGGGCAGUCCACUUGUCAAUGAAAAUUCAACAAGUAUUCAAGAAGAAUCAAAAGAGGAAGAUGAAGAGAAAACAAUCCAUUCACCUUCUACCAAUUCCAUUGUACAACAAACAACAACAACAACAACCAAUCAUCAUUCAUCAUCCAACAGUACUAGUACUACUUGCAAUACGAUCAUGAACUCUACAAUUCAAUCUUCUUCCUCAAAUAUUCUCUUUCAUGAAAAGAUUGCCAAUUCGAUUCGAAUGGAAGAAGAACUUAUGGAUCGAAUGAACACUCUUGAGAGUUAUUCAUUUGAAAACAUGUCCAACAUCAAACAAAUCAUUCAAAAGGAGCAACAAGAUCGAUCUUUAAUGUUUCAACAGGUUCAACAUGAAUUGUCUAAUUUGGAUAAACAAAUGAAACAAUUAUUAGAAAUGAUUCAUGAAAAAUCACAGAGAAAUGAUGAAAGACAUUCUCCAUCCACUCCUCUUCAACUCUCAACAAAGACUGAUCAAGUACCUGCCCAUCAGAACAAUGAAGUGAAUGAAAUUGUCACACCCACGAACAACAAAACAGAUGGAGUUGAUCCAAUAUUGUCCAUCACCAAUCUGACCACCACCACCACCACCACCACCACUCUUGAACCAAGUACUUUGAAUGAUCCCUCAGAGCAACAGAAACAGCAACAGAAACAACAGCAGCAUCACUCUGACCACCACUCUCUCACACCGACAUUUCCAUUUGAUCUCUAUGAACGAACACUACAAGAUAUUCAAAGAAGGCUAUCAUGGAUUGAGAAUCAGCAAAUUGAGAAUGAUAGUAGUAGUAGCAGUAGUGCUGAGGAGGAAACUCAUUCACCAUUAUGGUGUUUUAAACAAGAAUUCGUGAAUUCUUUAAUGAAUAAUACUGAGGAAACUUUGAAACAAUUUGAAAACAAAUUCAAUGAAACAAUUCAUCACAUACAUGAAGAAUUGAUUAUGAAAAUAAUGAACAUUGAGCAUGGCAAUAUUCAAUCCUCUCAGAACCUAUUGAAGAUUGUUGGAGAUUUGGAACAUAGUUUGUUACAACAAAUGAAAAACAAUAGUACACAUCAAGAACAUCCAAUGAAUUCUACCAAACAAGAUCAAAGUAAUGUCACUGCUGGCACCACUUCAAUAGAAUCAUCAUCCACACUUUCACUCAUUCCUGUACAUUCAAGAAUGAGUGAUUUAACAAUGUUGAGUAACUUUAUGAGUGAUGUGAUGAACGUAAUAGAGUUAUUUAAGAAGGAAAUGAAUGACAAAAUUAUUCUUCUCUCAUCCAAUCAAGUGAACGAACAAGAAUUGCAUGAAAAGAUGAUGAAAAACCUUUUACAACAAUGUCAACAAUAUUGCGAUCAAUUUCAUCGACAGACCAGUGAUAUUAUUGAUUCAAAGAUUGAUCAGAAAGUGUCCCAUAGUUUUUUGAAUGAACAAAUUCGUUCCAUAUUUGCAUACUCCGAACAGAAAGAAAACGAAAUGUAUCACAAAAUAUGUGAUUUCAUAACGAUGAGAGAAAGAGAGUUCAUAAAGAACAUUCAACAGGAAGAGAUGAACCAUCCGAUAACUCAACUUAAAAGUGAGAAGGAGGAAGAGAACAUGAAGAGUGAAAAUGAGAAAGAGAACAUGGAUGGAAUUGCAAUGAAUCAGCACAAUGACACUGCAACAGUCGCAUGUGCAACCAUCACCACCACCACAAGUAGUUCUCAAACAACCACUUCGAAUAUCACCACUACUGCUAACACUACCAAUAGUUUUACUCAAACAAUUGAUGGAACUUUUGAUACCACCACACCUGAAUCAAAUUCAGAAACAGUAUCACUCUCCUAUUCCCAGGAUCCUAAUGAUUUUCUAUUAAGGAUCGAUAAGCAUCAUCAUUUGCUUGAAGAGAAUUUAUUAUUGGAAUCUAUUGAAGAGUCAAACGUGAAAAAAUUUGAUGACAGCUUUACAAAAUCAUUCCUUCUAAGAACUCCAAUCUCGUUAAUUGGGAGAGAAGAAGAAGAGAUGACUCCCAACAAAAGCCCAUCAUCGUUCACGAUAUCACCAUUGACUGAACGUAAGACCUUGGAGCCAAAAGCAAGUGGCCAUGAUAUCAUUCCAUCUCCGUUCCGAAAAUAUAUUGCUAAAAGUUCAAUUGCAAAAAACAAUGACAACAUUAAUUAA